GGCGGUCGGUCGCCGGCCGGCUCCCGAACGGACGGACGGCCGGAAAUGGGCACAGCGAGAGAGACGUAGAGUGGCGACGUACUCGACGGCCGGAAGCUGAAUAGAAAAGGACGAGAUAUUGUAGCAUACGCGAUCAUGACAAGGUUUGAAUACUUUGGCCGCAGGAAGAAGACGAGGAAAGUUGGAGGCGCGAUGGACGAAGAAGGCAAGGAAGGAAGGAAGGAAGCAAGGAGAGAAAGAAAGCGGGAGAGUACGUAAGGGAGCAUGUUGGCUGAUGUCCUGCGAGUGCGUGAGCGUGUGCAUAUGCGAGCGAUACGCUGCCUUGGAGUACUUCCCACUCAAAUCUAGGUCAAAUCGGAACCCUAUCCCUCCUCCCUCCCUUUUGGCCCUGCCUUCCCUCUCUGUGCCAAUUCGACCAGAGUUCAAGUCUUUCUGCCUCCCUCCCUCCGUGCCUGCGGUCGCGUUGUCCUCAAUGUCGUGUGAUAUUCGGCCUCUGUCUCUCUUUUCUUUCUCUGGCUGCUCUCGCGGCCGGGCGGGCACUGUUGUCAGGGCGAGCGGGGCAUAGGUAGCGAGGUAGCGGCUGACACUGCAUGACACGAUCCAUUUUGCAUUGCUUGCUCUGGCCUCUGGUUCUGUUUGUAGUUCGUCCUCUCUGGCCUCUCGCCCUUCGCUCUUGGCUUGCUCUGCUCUGCUCGGUCUGCUGCUGCUGCUGGGCUUGGACUGUAGGGAGUAGAUACGGGGAAAGAUCUGGUCCUGCAAGCAACGCUUGCCAACAGAAGCGAGCAGCGCUCGUGUAGAGCAUCCUGGCUACCGGUAAUGCCCGCGAAGAAUAUGAUGGAGCGACCGCCUGACCGUCCGGGGCUGCGACAGGCGGACAGGCGGUGCGGGCCGGGUUGUCGGAGGUGACCGGCCGGGCCUGGGGUGCAGUCGUGGGGGGCGGGCGGGGGCCUUUAACCAGGGUUGGCCCGAGAGACCAGAUUUUUAUAGAAACCUGUUGACUGCGCGAAGCGGGGAGUAGCGUGAUGGCGAAGGGGAAGGAAGGGAAGGCCCGGAGGCGCGAGGACACGCGGCGCGCGAUGCGAGAAACGCGGAGGGAGAUUUUUGGGGAUGGGGAAAGGCAGGCGUGCAAUGAACUCCCCUCGCCUCUGCUUUGAACACGUCAGCAUUUGCCAGCCUGCCCCAGAUCCGCGCUAUCUUCCAUACUGUAUGCCCUUCAGUCUGAUGUGUUGCGCUGCCGAUGCUGAUCGGGCACCCCGUACUGAUUACGGACUGUCCGUAUUGACCUAUAUCUCUGGUUUCGCGAACCAUGUCGGACAAAGCGACCCCUCGUGGCCCCCCGCCCCCACCUUCCAACCGCCACCCCUUCUAAAUGUUACAGCCCGUUCCUACGCUCCGCCCCUUUCAAAGAACUGUCAUUCAUACCUCCUUCGCCAUGGCGUUCUCACUCGGAGCUUUCGAGGUCUCGUAUUAUUUUCCUCCUGUUCUUGUUCGCAUUGAAAAUCAAAUCUAUAAAUAAAUAUAUCGCCC